AUGCCCGCCAAGGAGAAGGUAUGUUUGGCGUAUUCUGGUGGUCUCGACACCAGCUGCAUCCUUGCAUGGCUCAUUGAGCAAGGGUAUGACGUUGUGUGCUUCCUCGCAGAUGUCGGACAGGCAGAGGACUUUAAAGAGGCUGAGCGCAAGGCUCUGCUGAUUGGUGCGCAGAAGUUGGUUGUUGCGGAUCUGAAGCGCGAAUUCGUGGAGGAUCUAUGCUACCGCGCAAUCCAAUGCAAUGCCAUUUGGGAAGACAGAUAUCUCCUUGGUGCUCGUCCCGUAAUUGCGCGUGCGAUGAUGCGCUGCGCGAAGGAGGAGGGAUGUGUUGCUGUCAGCCAUGGCUGCACUGGCAAGGGCAAUGAUCAAGUCCGAUUCGAACUUGCCUUCUACGCUAUCCAGCCAUCUAUCCGAGUUAUCGCCCCAUGGCGUCUACCUGAGUUUUACCACCGAUUCGCCGGUCGUAAUGAUCUCCUCAACUAUGCUGAACAACACAAAAUUCCCGUUACAUCCACAAAGGCCAAGCCAUGGUGCCUAAUAUUGAAGCUUAGCUUUGCCCACUGUUCCUACGAAGCUGGUAUCCUUGAAGAUGCUGAUGUUACUCCCCCCGAUGAUAUGUGGAAGUUGACAGACGACCCUCGAAAUGCCCCCGAUGCCCCAGAAGAUUUCACUCUCUCCUUCGAGAAGGGUAUCCCAAGUGCCCUAACUCUUGGAGGCAAGACGGUUACCGAUUCCGUUGAGAUCUUCACUGCACUCAACGAGCUCGGCCGCAAGCACGGAAUUGGGCGAAUUGAUAUCGUUGAGAACCGAUACAUUGGCCUCAAAUCUCGCGGCUGCUAUGACUCGCCUGCCAUGACCAUCCUCCGCCUCGCCCACAUCGAUCUUGAAGGCCUCGUCCUAGACCGCGAAGUCCGCCUCCUCCGCGACCAAUUUGUAACAGUAACCUGGUCCAAACUCCUCUACAACGGCCUCUACUUCUCCCCCGAGCGUAAAUUUAUCGAGAAAAGCAUCCUGGCCAGCCAGGACGAUGUCAACGGCCAAGUGCGCCUGCGCUGCUACAAAGGCCUGGCCAGCGUGUUAGGCCGCAGCUCGCAGACUAGCAAGCUGUACAGCCCCGAGCAGAGCAGCAUGGAUUCCCUUGAGGAUUUCCAGCCGACGGAUACGACUGGAUUCAUUGCUACGCAGGCUAUUCGGUUGAAGGCGUAUGGACUUGCGGAGGCGGAGAAGAGGGUUGACUUGAGUAAGUCGUAG